AUGUUCUCCGCCGCCUUUCAAUCAGCAUCUCCCCAGUUUCAUGAGCCUCCGGCUCCACUCGCCGCCCCCGCAAGGCUCCAACAACGCCCUCGCACUCGACGGUCGUGUGACUUUUGUCGGUCACGCAAGAGUGCUUGUCGCCUCGACCAAGGACCUCCAUGCUACGCCUGCCGUCUGUACGCUCGGGAAUGUAUCAUCAGCGAGAGACCGCCACGCAAGAGGCAAAAGUCGACGAGUGAAGUCGGGAGAACCACUGUAGGCUCAGCCACCACUCACGACACGGGUGCUGCCAGACCGGCACACAUUGAUGUGUCCAGAUCAUCGAACUGGACGCAGGGAACCCAGGCCGCUGUAUCUGCUAACAAUGACGUGGAUCUCGCCGUGCUCUCUCCUCAGUCUAAUGGAAGCUCGCAGCAGAUGUCGCCCAUGCAGGGAGCAGGCUCCGUAACCUCGCAGGUUUCGGUCGAGUCAGGUCGGCCGACGACAAGACAGACCUUGGUAGGACGAGAACACGAUGCGCUGACUGAGUCAUUGGACGCAUGGCCGACCAAAACCACCUUCCUCCUGGGAGAUACUGGCGAGUCGGACCCCUAUUUACUGCGGCACUUUUCCACCGAGUAUCUCGACUCAUCGGUGGAUGACAUUGCCAAGGUGACACCCCGACAUAUGCUACGUACAUCCGACCCGGACGUCAUGCACAGUCAAGGAAAGCCCUUGAUCCUAUCAAUCGCCGACCAUUCGCUCUACGACCGAGGAGAACCGCGACUGGACCAAGAAGUCCUUGACCAAGCGGCCGAAGAAGUCUCCCAGAUGGUAUCGGAUGAGACGGGUGUCCGACUGGUCAAACUCUUCUUUCGAUACAUCUACCCGUAUUUCCCAAUCUUGUCAAAGACACGUCUUCUGUACCCUUUGGCCGAGUUGCCCUCACGACUCAAAACUCUCCCUCUAUCUCUCAAAGCGGCCAUCUACGCAUCUGCUCUGGCCUUCUUCACGUACGACGACGUGCUGGCCACCACAAUUGUCCACUCACCUCCGUCGAGCCAGAGAUUAUAUCGCAUCGCCUGGGUCGCUGUGACACACGAAGUCCACACUCCUCACCUCUCCACUCUGCAAUCCUGCCUCCUGCUUCUGCAGCGUGUCAACGACGACCGAUAUGUAAUGGACACGGUGUUUCGGUGGAGUUUGCUCGGGUGGACCGUGGCUCUGGCGCAGACUUUUGGCUUGUCCACCGACUGCCUCGACUGGACGGGGCUUCCAGAGUGGGAGAAGAGGCUGCGCCGGCGUCUUUGGUGGGCGAUAUUCGUCAUGGAUAAAUGGGCAUUCAUGUCGGCCGGGUUGACGAGUCACAUCCACGACGACAACUACGACGUCAAGCCUCUCACCGCGACUGACUUUAUCUAUGCUGGCGAGACAGAGUCAUCUCGACAACAGCAACACAACGGCAGUGUUGAGGCCGCCGUCGAACCUCCCUUAUCGCACUUUUAUCACCUAACCCGCCUUACGGCAAUUCUCAGCGACAUCCAAACCGCUUUCUUCACCAUUGCCGCCUCGAAACGCACCGAACGCGACUUUAAGCUCUCGAUCGACCUAGCCAAGCCUAUUCGGCGCCGCCUCAAAGAAUGGAAAACCUCAUACGACACAUAUCUCAACACCCGCCCUGCCAUGGGUUCCCGCUCGUCCGGUCUCGACGGCGACGCAUCCCUGGGCCUCAGCUACCUGGUCACUAACAUCAUCCUCUUCCGCGCGCUCCUGCGCCCAAUAGAAUCCAACCUCUCCUCAUCAUCCAGUCCCUCGUCGUCCUCCGAAGCCGGUCGUGACGCCGUCCGUAUCGGCGCAAAGACAUGCUGCAUUGAAGCCGUCGAGUUCGUCGAGUCCCUGCGCCGCAACGUCUGGGACGCCUUUUGGCACUCGUGGUCCCGUGCCGGGUUCGCCAUGAUUUCGUCGAUGAUGAUCCGGCUGUUGAUCACGAGCGAGGACUCGGUCGAGGUCGACGACAUCAACGCGCUCAUACGGCGGUGGCGCUGGGCCCUGCGCACGGGCGGGGGUAGUGCGGGGAAUGUCUUGAUGAGUUUGGCCCUGUUGAGGCUCGAUCGGUCGCUGGUCACGAGGGGGAUUCAUGAGAGUGAUGAGGAGUGA